AUGGGUAAUUAUCUUCAAAAUUUUCGUGGUAGUACUGAUCGUGCGACUACAGAAACCACACGAAGAGCAGGAUGGUUACCAAUAGGAGGCAUAUGUAUAUUUUUAGUGAUACUUUUUCUCAUUGCGGUUACAAUAGUGUGUUCACUAAUUCCGUUGUACUUAUCGAAGAAAGAUGUUAAUGCUGCAGUGAAUAAUGAUGCAAAUUUGAACAUGGUAUUUGCUACUGAUUUCAGCAGUAACACUGGGGAAUCAGUUACUAAUGAUGAUUCACUUACUCGUCAGUUUAAUGACAAAAUGGGUUACCCUAACGAUGUGUUAAGUGUUAAAUCGGUCUCCUUGGAGACUGGUAGUAUUACAAGCACCAAGAAGAAAAAACGACAACUACGAGGUGCAGUAUCUUGCAAUGCAACUCAAGCAGGUUCUAGUGUAAGCCAAGGUGACAAAAUUCGAAUGAUAAUCAUCAUUAAUGAGUGCCCAAAAACGAAAUGCAAGACUGCUUAUUGUAUUACACAAUGUAUACUUCCAACCAAGGCCGAUAUACAAUCGAAACUUAGCUCGACUACAUUUACUAUUGUAACAAAUCUUGCAUCAUAUACAGUUUCAUCUCGAUUUUGCGGGUUUGAUGUAGUCCUGUCAGCAGUUUCGACUACAAUAUCACCUACAAUAACAGCAACAACUACAAGCACAACAACAACCACAAUAUCAGUGUGGGUACUUACUGGCAGCAUGAGUACUGCACGAAAAUAUCACACACAAGUCACAUUGGUAAAUGGAAAUGUGUUAGUUGCUGGUGGAAGCACUGAUGGUAGUACCGCAUUAAAUAGUGCAGAAAUGUACGAUUCAUCCACAGUUCUCUGGACAACUACUGGUAGGAUGAACACUGCACGAUUUUUUCAUACAGCAUCCAUAUUGGCAAAUGGAAAUGUGUUAGUUGCUGGUGGAACCGCUGAUGGCAGUACCGCACUGAGUAGUGCAGAAGUGUAUAAUCCAUCUACAGGACUCUGGACAACUACUAGCACAAUGAGCGCCACACGACUUCUUCACACAGCAUCCAAGUUAACAAACAGAACUAUCUUAGUUGCUGGUGGAGUCCCUAACCUUAUAAAUGCAUUGAAUAGUGCAGAAGUAUAUGGAUGA